AUGGGCGGUUCUCGAAAGAAACAUAAAACAAAAGUGGUGGACCCUCUACCACCACCCAAGACUCCAAAAAAGUGCCAUCGAAUUCAAGAGAUCCCUGAAUCAGAAAGAAGCGUCAGUCCACCACCUGGCUACUCGAAUCAAUCAUGCUUCAGCUGUUACUUCGUUUUUUUCAUAUUCACAUUCCUUGUUGGACUUAUGGUUGGAAUCAAUGUUUUCCAGUGUCACCCUCACCACGACGGUUGUAGCAAAGCUGAGCAAGUUGUCGCAAGGCACUGUGCAAUGAAACUGGAACGGACAAGACAUAUGGUGGAGACUACGAUUCCCGAUUUUUCAAUGACUCCGAUUGGAAGGGAUAUAGCCGAAAAGUGUAUGGAUAUGGAGGAUUGCCUCUCCGCUGUCCGAUGCUCCGAUCUUCGUUUCCCACACCGCCUUCCCGAACGAUGUAAAAUCUUCAAAUUCUUCCACAUCGAUUUCGCUGCAUGCCGUGACAAGAUAAUUGAGACGGAUAAUCUUCCGACAUGCGUCAAAAAAUUCAUGGUGGCUGGACCAGUGCCGUGUGAUGUACUCAAAGAGCAUCUCGAGUGCUAUAAGGAAUCCAUUGGCAAAAUAUGUGAUAAUGAAUCGUCAGUUUUUCAUUAUUUCGUUAAGACACAUAUCGAAGAUUAUGGUGAUAUGAUUGGUUGUGAAUUGAAUAAAACAGAAUAG